CUGCUGCGAAGGUCUCAACUAGAAGCUACUGUUUUACAGAACCAUACAGUGACAUUGCUGUUUAUUGACACCUGAAAGGAUCAAAUAUGUCUGUCUCAGCGUUUGCAUUGAUAUUGCUUAGUGCAAUAAAUGUCAUAUGGGCCAUAGAUAUUAAAGUGAGCCUGGACAACACUAAGGUAUAUACCCCAAUAGCUUCCAAAAAUAAACUCUAUUACAUCUCUAAGUCUAACUUUGUCAGUUACACCCAGGCCAGCACCUGGUGCUCACAGAAUGGAGGAGGCUACCCAGCAGAGAUCGAUACCGCGGAAGAGCUUGGAUUAAUUGAACAGUACGCGUCUUCUACUAACUUGGACAGAAUCUUCAUCGCAGGCACUGAUGCCAAGAAAGACGGCGUAUUUUUUAGUCAACGAACUGGAGCAUUCAUACACAUUUACAACUGGGCCAACGGAGAGCCCAAUAAUGAUGGCGGAGUAGAAGACUGUCUAGAGUUGUACGGCAAUGGACAGGGCAGGGUGAAUGAUACCCCAUGCAACAGAGCUUCUAUCUCCCACUAUGUUCUCUGCGAGCUUGAUCUAUUUUAGAAAAGUUCCCAUAGCAGAUUUAUGCAAAUAAAAAAAAAAAUCAUAACCAAGAGAAUCUGUGUUUCGGUUUUCCAUUUUUAGCGGCCCCCGUAAGGGGAAAAAGCCGCUAUUAGGUUUGUGCAAAAUGUCCGUCUGUCCGUCUGUCACACUCAGAUCUCGAAAACUAGAAGAGAUAUGAAAAAUAUUAUUUCAUCAUUAAAUCCGGCUUGAAAAGUUUAGGUGCAACGGCUACUUUUGGUUUUCUAAAAGCAAACCGUUUAAUUUAUAAAAUUAAUUAUGCAAGCGAUUUUUUCAUAAAAAUACACCAAUUCUAAAACAAUUACGUAAAUGUAAGGGAGGCAAUGUUACAAUAUGCUAACAAAGAUGGACGAUUUUUGUGUAUUUUCAGUAUCACUAAGUCAAAUAUAUUUUUAAAAUGUACAGGAAAUGUUUACAACAAAUACAAAUAAUAGUUAAAGACGUUUUUUCUGGUCAACUAGCUGCUAAAAUUAAAAGAAAACAUUUCUGUUUGUUUAUAAAGGCUAAUAAUGCACUUUGUAUGUAAAUAUCACGCACAUUUUUUUUAAUGGACUUUUUAUGCAGCGAUUUUCGUGCAGUAGCGUAACGUCGCAACAUGAUCAGGUGCUAAACCAAUUCCUUAAACUGUUUUUAAAAAUCAGAUUUUAUUUAUUUUUUGUUUAGUGCCCCCAUCCGAAUAAAAGAAGCUUAUUUUUGUGCGUUUUGUCUGUUGGUCGGUCUGUCCGUCACGAUUAGAUUUAAAAAACUAGAACUCUAAAAGCUAUUGAAAAUCUGAUUUACCCUUUAAUGUUCCUCCCAUAACAUCUCAAUAGUUUUAAGUAUCUAAAAUUGAUUGUUCCGGAUUUUUUGUGCAAAACUAAUCAACGCCAACAAAUGUUUGUUUGCUCUUCUAACUGAUAUUACAUUCAAUUUCCAUGCUUAAACGUUGCAAAAACACAUUAUCAAUAAUAUGUUGUUACGUUUUUUAUGUAAAUAGCAUAUUAAUGCUAAAUCAUAAUCUCUAUACUGACUUAUAUUUCAUUAAGUGUAAAAAUGUUCCGGAUAUUGUUUUAUAAAACAUGAAUUAUGCCUAAUGAUUGUUUGAAAUCGCAUAAGGCUUUUAAAAAAAAGUAAUUUACUAGAAUUGAUUACUGAAAAUUACUUUUUAGACAUUUAAUUUUCUUGUAAAACAUAACAUAGAAGUUUUGUAAUCGAUAAAUAAAGUUCCGGAUUUUGUUUCUUACAAAUCGUCGCCAGAAAUUUCCGAAUUUAUUUAAAAAUCUACUAACGCCAAAUAAUUGUUUGAACUCCCUCUUCUAAUUAAUAAACAAAUAAUCUUCUCAUUUACGAAAUAAUGUUUUUACGGAUUUUUAUGAAAAAUAUUUUAACUCACUACUCUCUUACAGUACAUUUAACUUUCUACCUAAAACAUUAAAAAAUCUAAUUAUCGUUAAUAUUAUGUUCCGAUUUUUAAGGAAAACAGAAUCCAAACACCAAAGUAAGGUAUGAAAAUCUCUCCACGUGGCUGUAGUACAUCUAAUUUUUAUACGAGACCAUCCAAAAAAUUUAAUUAACGGUAUUACAUUUAUCUGAAAUUCUCUUUUUCUUUUACUAUUUAUACAAACAUCCGGAGCAAUCUAUUAUAUAAACUUUUCAAUUGUGUUC